AUGUCUCUCGCUGAUGAUCCCGUUCUGAUCGAAGAUGGCAAAAAGAGCUUUUGGUUGGAGAAAGGGAGUGGGAAGAUGUGUUACAUGUUAUCUGCGAUGGAUUUGAAGAUCGUAUGCAGUGAUUGGCCUGAUUGUUGGCAAUGGAAGAAAGAUCCGGAUUCUAACUUUGAGAAAGUAGUGAAGCUUCGUGGCGUGAUUUGGUUCGAGAUUCAGGGCAAGAUAGGUUGCGGAAUGUUGUCCAAGGGGACACAUUACUCUGUCUACUUAGUGUUCAAGAUAGCAAGGCGUGGAUCACAUGGUUUCAAAGACACGCCCAUGGACGCUCAAGUCGGGUUUGUGGGGAAAGAUGCUAGUGAAACGACUGUGUUACUCGAACCAAGCGGUGGUUAUCGUUACAUCAACGAUGGGUGGAGUGAGGUGAAGCUUGGGAAUUGUUACAUCAACGAUGGUGGUUGUGAUGAUGAUGAUGAUGAUGAUGAGAUUGAGUUUUCUAUUAUGGAGACUCAGAAGGGACAUUGGAAGAGUGGUUUGAUUUUCCAGGGAAUCGAGAUAAGGCCAAAGACUGAAGAAAUGGUGAUAGCUAAGUGA